AUCACCAAACAGCUCCAACACCGCCACUUGAUUAAUCCGUCCACCUCGUCACUCGUGCACACAACCACAACUCAGACCAAAAACAGUCAGCGAAUCCAUUGAACCACCAUGGCCGUUCCGGACACGAGCUCGCGGAUAGCGGAGGCGCAGAAGCUGGCCAAGUCGGAGCCUGACAAGGCCGAACACAUCUACAAGGACUUUCUCUCACAAGACCCGGGCUCCAAUGAAGCCGCCAUCAAGAACUAUGAGAGCGCUUUGGUCGGGCUCGGUGAGCUCUACCGUGACCAGAAGCGGGUGGAUGCCCUCGCCGAGUUGGUCAGGCAAGCGCGAUCCAUAAUGUCGUCGUUUGCGAAAGCGAAGACAUCUAAGCUGGUCCGUCAGCUACUCGACCUGUUCACCACGAUCCCCAACACGGCAGACACGCAAAUCGCAGUCACCAAGUCAUGCAUAGAAUGGGCCGUUUCAGAGCGAAGGGGCUUCUUACGGCAGAACCUAGAAACCCGACUCGUUUCUCUGUACAUGCAGAAGCAGUCUUACUAUGAGGCCCUCACCCUCAUCAACAGUCUGCUGAAGGAGCUGAAGCGUUUGGACGACAAGCUUGUCUUGGUCGAAGUGCAGCUGCUAGAAUCGAGGGUCUACCACGCCCUGGGCAACAUAUCAAAGGGUCGUGCCGCCCUCACAUCUGCGCGAACAUCGGCUGCCUCCGUCUAUACCCCGCCUCUGCUACAGGCAGGUCUGGACAUGCAGAGUGGAAUGCUACACGCUGAGGACGGCGACUUCAACACGUCCUUUUCAUACUUCAUUGAGGCUAUGGAGGGCUAUCACUCACAAGACGAGGAGCAAAAGGCUACCUCUGCACUGCAGUAUAUGCUGCUCUGCAAGAUUAUGCUCAACCUUGGGGACGACGUAACAUCGCUCAUGACCUCCAAGCACGCCGUCAAGUACGCCGGCAAGCGGUUAGAGGCCAUGAAGGCUGUGGCUCGCGCACAUACCAACCGCAGUCUCGAGGAGUACGAAACCGCCCUGACCGACUACCGUCAACAGCUUGGUAGCGACCGAUUCAUCACAUCCCACCUUCGCCGCUUGUAUGACAACAUGUUGGAGCAGAACCUCAUCAAGGUCAUUGAGCCCUUCAGCAGAGUGGAGAUUGACCACGUCGCCAAGAUGGUUGGUCUGGACACGAUACAGGUUGAGCGCAAGCUUUCGCAGAUGAUUCUGGAUAAGGUCAUCAUCGGAGUCCUAGAUCAGGGUGCUGGCUGUCUCAUUGUAUAUGACGAAUCCGAACGCGACCAGGGCUACGACGCGGCGUUGAGCACCCUCGAAAAGCUCAGCAAUGUAGUGGACGUGCUAUACACGAAUCAGGCGUCCCUCCUGGAGUAGCAUGUGCGUUUGGAGGUGCAUAUGUUCAGUACUUGAGCUGCUCUUGAGACUAUGUACAACAGAAGCAUAGAUGAUCAAACAUGCUGCGCAAUCAAUGUGGCUAGCUAAUAAUGAUUACACAUGACAC